CUAUGCCGCCCUGGAAGAUGGCUGCGCCCACGUGUACCUGAUGAGUCCGACCCGGGCAGUGGCCGGGUGUGCUUGGUCUUCAUGAAGCGUAAAGGUGGGCACGGGCCGUACCGCGGUCAUGGGAGCGGUGGGAAGGGAUCCAUGAAGAGGCUAAAGCUAGCGGUGGAGGAGUUUGUGCAGACGACUUCUAGGAGUGAGAUCCCCGGGGGCUUCACGGGACCGCUCCCGGGGUCCCGAGCCCAAGGUCGUGGCGGACUAGCGGGCUUCCGCCAGGGUGGGAAAAAAAGCCGCAAAGAGUUGAAAAAGGAGAAGCGACAUCUGAGGAAAGCGCGCCGGUUUCAAAGGACAGGAGUCCCUGCACGGGAUCCCGGCCCUGGAAGCCGCAGCGGAGCGGAAGAAACGAGCAGCCCCCAGUCGGAAAAGAAAAUGGAAAGCGUUCACCCGACAGUAAGUCGGGACCCACCUCCUCCCAAGGAGCUGCGACUUCCCCAAGCUAAAGCCAAGGUUCCCUCGGCCCAAGCGAAAGUGAAGGGGUCCCCCCGGAAGACCAGACCUUCUGCAGCCGCCACCGCCGCUGCUCGGAAACGGGCACUUCUAGCGGCCAACGAGGAGGAGGACCGAGAGAUACGAAAGCUGGAGCGUUGUCUGGGCUUGAACAAACGUAAAAAGAAGGGCGAUGGUAGCUCUGUGCCACUUAGCUUUGCACGCGAUGGGCUAGACUAUAUUUUAGGAGUCCUGGAAUCUGGAAAAAAUAGUGGCUUGUAUGAAAGCGAUAGUGAGGAGGAAGACGCCGGGCAAACACUCCCCGAAAGUGACUUAGAAAGUGACAGCGAGGAGGAAAGUGAAGAGGAGGCCACUACAAAAAGUGAGGAGGAGGAGGAGGAGGAGGAUGUAGACGAGGAAAAGGAAAAGAAAGAGUCAGAAGCACAAGAAGCUGAGAGCGAAGAGGAGGAGGAAGAUGUACCAGAGGAAAAGGAAAAGAAAGAAGCAGCAGCAGUAGGGAGAGCACAUGAGAAAAGGGGGGGAAAAAGAGUCCGUUUUACAGAAGUGGAAGAGAAGAGUGAAAAUUCUUCAGAGGAUGGUGACACAACAGAUCAGCAGAGUCUUUGUGAAAGUGGUAAAAAAUAUGUUCCACCUCAUGUGAAGCAAGCUGAGGAAACAUUGGAUACCCAAAAAAAGGAAGAACUAGAAAGGUUAAAGAAACAUGUAAAAGGUCUAAUUAACAGGUUGAGUGAACCAAACAUGGCCUCAAUAAGUGGGCAACUGGAAGAAUUGUACAUGGCUAACAGUAGGAAGGAUAUGAAUGACACUUUAACAGGUGUUCUUAUGAGUGCUUGUGUUACUGAUACGGUUAUGCCCAGCAGGCUGAUGAUGGAGCAUGUUCUGUUAGUUAGUAUUCUUCACCAUACAGUAGGAAUUGAGGUUGGUGCUCACUUUUUGGAGGCUGUGGUGAGGAAGUUUGAUGACAUAUAUAAAAGCGGAAGUGAAGGGAAAGAAUGUGAUAACCUGUUUACCAUUAUUGCCCAUUUAUAUAACUUCCACGUGGUGCAGUCUCUUCUCAUCUUUGACAUUUUGAAACAACUAGUUGGAACUUUCACAGAAAAAGAUAUUGAGUUGAUCCUGCUAAUGCUAAAAAAUGUGGGCUUUUCAUUGAGAAAAGAUGAUGCCUUAUCACUUAAGGAACUGAUCACUGAAGCCCAGACUAAAGCCACUGGAGUAGGCAACAAGUUUCAAGACCAGACCAGGGUUCGAUUUAUGCUAGACACUAUGUUGGCAUUAAAGAAUAAUGACAUGCGUAAAAUCCCAGGCUACGAUCCUGAGCCCAUAGAGAAACUAAGGAAAUUACAAAGAACUUUGGUGCGCAACAUUGGCUCGGGUACUGAAACUCAUCUUCGAGUCUCCUGGGAUAGUAUCUUGAAUGCUGAACAGAUUGGUCGCUGGUGGAUUAUAGGGUCAUCGUGGAGUGGAGCUCCAAUGCUUGACAGCAGUAAUAACAAGAUCCAGCAGAAGCAGCCUGCGGGGACUGUUAGUUCAAAGAUAUUAGCCCUUGCCCGAAAGCAGAGGAUGAACACCGACAUCAGGAGAAACAUAUUUUGUACAAUAAUGACUAGUGAAGAUUUUUUGGAUGCAUUUGAAAAGCUUCUAAAGCUUGGACUUAAGGAUCAGCAGGAAAGAGAAAUCGUUCAUGUUCUCAUGAAUUGCUGCCUUCAGGAGAAAACAUAUAAUCCUUUUUAUGCAUUUUUGGCUAGCAAGUUUUGUGACUAUGAAAGGAGAUUUCAGAUGACUUUCCAAUUCAGCAUAUGGGAUAAAUUUCGGGAUUUAGAAAACUUGCCAGCCACUAACUUCUCUAACUUGGUUCAUCUGGUGGCCCACUUGUUGAAGACAAAAUCACUUCCACUUUCCAUUUUAAAGGUAAUUGAAUUCAGUGAAUUGGACAAACCCAGAGUCCACUUUUUACGGCAAGUGUUACAUAUGCUGUUAACAGAAACAGAAGUUGAAGACCUUGGUUUAAUUUUUGCAAGAGUAUCUGAUAACCCAAAGCUGGGGAUGUUACGGGAAGGUCUGAAGCUUUUUAUUAGCCACUUCUUACUAAAGAAUGUACAGGCUCACAAAAGUGCUGAGGAAGCCAACAUACUGAAAGAAAGAGCUGACCUUGCAACAAAGUCUUUGCAAGGAAAACCUUCCCUAAGAAUGUAGUCUGGUAAAAGGAAUGGAAGGUGAUGGUCAUUUGACUGUACAAUGUCCUUUGUAAACCUAUAAGGCCUAUUUUUCUGCCUUCUGUGUAUAAAAGCUUAGUGGAGCUGUAUCAUAGUUUGUUACGUUUAAAAUAGUUUGAGAUAUAUUUUGAUCCAAGUUUGUAUUGUGUUUGCGUUUUAAGCCAUUUCCAAACAACUGUGUAUAUAUUGGGGAAUAGGGGGAGAGAAGUAGAAAGGGAGGAAGGGAGAGGAGGAGAGGAAGGGCAGGCACACUGGGCAGUGUUCUCAAAGUAAUGGAGACUGUUGGGUGUGUGUGUCCGAUUAUCUUAUUUUUUAAUAGACGAAACAGACCACUAGAGGGUGCAGUCCUCAUAAAUUGAUGUGUUUUCAUAUCUUUAAUAUUGGUUAAAAGUUCAAAAACCCUCAUUAAAUGGGAUGCUUAAUAUUUAAUUGAUUAUUUGAAGUAUUUGGAAAGCAGUUGAAUUUUGGAAAAGUCAACAUUUGACUUAAGUUUUGUGAAUGUUUUUUGUAUAAUACAGUAUGUCUGGAUUUUAAAAAUCAUUAUAUAUCUAAAAUUUUGACAUGGUAAAGGAUAGUCUUUACUAUUUUUAUGUAUCUGUUAAACUCAGCAUUUCUAGGUUAUCAAUGUACUGCCACUAAACAACUUUGAAGUCACUGAGUAAAUAUUGGACACUUAAUGGGUGCUGCUUGCUGUGCUAGGUUCUAGGAGGUGUAAACAUAAAUAAAAUGUAAAUUUACCUACAAGAGAUUAACAUUUAUCUAGUGAGGGAGACAAUUUCUAAGGACGACAAACUGGUUGAUUCUAUGAAGUAGAAAAUCUGCUAAUACCUAGCAUCUACUGCACAUUUGCAAUAAAUUUUGCUGUUUUUCUUGCCCUUAGAAUUUGCUUCUGUUCUUCAAAUGCUGCAAAUUUGAUUUAAAUGUUACCUUCUGCUUUUGAAAAAUAGGCACUAAGAUGUAAGCAUAGAAUAGUAUUUUAGAAAUCAUGUCUCAGAAACUCUUUUGUAUCCAACAGAGUUGAACUCUUCAAAGUGGUCCCAUUGGAAAACUGUGCACUUACUUUAGUGAUGUUGCUCCCUUUUGAUACUUUCACAUUAUCUUAACAUGAUCCUGUAGAAGUUUACUUUUAGAAAUCAUAAUGUGAAGUCACAAGUAUCUUCAUGCAGAUCCCUAAACUAGUGGUUUGAUUUUUUGAAAUAUGUAAGGAACUUGAAAAUUAUUUCUAAGAUUCUAUAUAUAUUCUUCGACUGCAAAACAACAUAGAGACCAUCUGGUCUUUUACAUACUUAGUAAGCCUGCAUUCAGAAACAACGUCCUUGAACCCAAGGCCAAAUUAAAAAUAUGUCUUCUGGCAGGUUCUGAAUUUAGAUGAUAAAGAGCGAGCCUGCAGCAGUUAAGAAUGCAUUAAGUGAAAGCCUUCACUAUAUUAAGGGGCUUUUUAAUAAAAAGUUUCUUUGCUGGGUAGUGAUUGAGUUAUAACAUACAUUAGUUCUACUUCAGAGUGCCAGUCCACAGCGAGGUAAGGACUGUGAGCCAGAAUGUAACUCAACACACUGCUUUCUUCAUUGAGAAAAUCUUGCUAUGAAGAAAAUGAAUGUCAGUUGAACUGAACAGUAUGCUUCAUGACAUAGCUGAUUGACAUUCUGAUGCCAGCUCCUUAUCUCCUCACAGACGAAACAGUUCACAGACAGGCAGCAGGCCUAUGGACCACAUUUUGACUAACACUAACAUAACUGAAAUAAAUAGGAAUUAAUUAGAGAAGCAGCUCCUGAGAUUAGGAAACUAUAUCAUUGCAGCAAUACCAUCUAACUUCAUUAUGCAACAUGUACAGUAACUUUUGUUUGAGGUAUAAAUGAGUUCAAGCUGAUUUUUCUGCGGAAGAUAAAUUUGUAUCAACUGAGUCACAUUUUUUAAUAUUUUUAAAACAAAAAUAUCUUCCUCUUUUCCAUGGAAUAUAUUUGUGACUAAGUUUAUCAUUUACUUUGUGGCAGGUUGCCCAUAAAUCCAUGUACUUUGUAAGUAAGAAACACCUUUUUAAAAAAGAACAAAAUACAAUUAAUCACAUAAUUUUACUUUUAGUAAAUAAAUACAUCUUGACCAAAUGCUACUAUGAAUUCAGAAGUGCUUUUAUUAAAUAUAUAGGUUUUUUUUUUUAUUUAUUGCAAUAGUAUCCACAUUUGAAAAAUAGUAUUGCAGGAUCCAUUUGCAAUUAAUACUUAUUUAAUACAUGAAUUUGGGCGAUACAAAUUAGAAGCUAAUACAUAGAAUUACUAAAAAGAAGCUAUCUUUUUGGGGAUUUCAUCUUUAAAAUACAGGCAUAAGGAACAA